GGACCUUGCCCUCCCUCAGCCCCCACCGCCUCCCGACAGAGUUUGGACUCGGAGCUGAAGGCUGCACGGGAUCCUCCGCCGCCAUCCCCACCACGCCACCCGCAUGGAGGUCCCCAAGAAGCUGGUGAACUCGGUGGCGGGCUGCGCCGAUGACGCGCUGGCGGGGCUGGUGGCCUGCAACCCCGGCCUCCGGCUCCUGCGGGGACACCGGGUGGUCCUGCGUGCCGAUUUGGUGGCCAUCCGGGACCGGGUGGCUUUGCUCUCCGGGGGGGGCUCUGGCCACGAGCCUGCCCACGCAGGGUACAUCGGGAAGGGCAUGCUGACCGGCGUGGUGGCCGGUGCCGUCUUCACCUCUCCGGCCGUGGGCAGCAUCCUGGCGGCCAUCCGGGCGGUGACGCAGGCUGGCGCAGCCGGGACCCUCCUGAUCGUGAAGAACUACACCGGGGACCGGCUCAACUUUGGGCUGGCGCUGGAACGGGCGCGGGCGGAGGGGGCCGACGUGCGGAUGGUGGUGGUGGGGGACGACAGCGCCUUCGCCGCCCCGAAGAAAGCCGGGCGCCGCGGGCUGUGCGGCACCGUCCUCAUACACAAGGUGGCGGGGGCCCUGGCCGAGGCGGGGGCGAGCUUGAAUGAGAUCGUCGACAGGGUGUCGGCGGCCACCAAAGCCAUGGGUACCCUGGGUCUCAGCCUGUCCCCCUGCAGCGUCCCGGGGUCCAAGCCCACCUUCCAUCUGGCUGGCGAUGAGAUGGAGCUGGGCCUGGGGAUCCAUGGCGAGGCGGGUGUGCGCAGGAUGAAGGUGCUGCCGGCAGAUGAGGCAGUGGAGACAAUGCUGGCUCACAUGACGGACCCCUCCAACGCCUCCCACCUCCCCCUGAGCCCCGGAGCCUCUGUGGUGCUGGUGGUGAACAACCUGGGCGGGCUGUCCUGCCUGGAGCUGGGCAUCGUGGCCGGCGCGGCUGUGCGCUGCCUGGAGAGCCGAGGCAUCCACAUCGCCCGGGCCUUGGUGGGCUCCUUCAUGACGGCGCUGGAGAUGGCCGGGGUCUCCCUCACCCUCAUGCUGGUGGAUGAGGAGCUUGUGGGGCUGAUCGAUGCCGAGACCACGGCCGUGGCUUGGCCCAACCUGGCCGCGGCGCCUGCGACGAGCCAGAGACAGGAGGUGCCGGCACCGAAGGAGGGACCAGGGACUGCGCAGCGUGAGACCAGCACGGGGCCCGGCGCAGCACGGGUGCAGCUGGUCCUGGAGCGGGUGUGCAGCACCCUGCUCGACAUGCAGGAGAAGCUGAACGAGCUGGACCGUGAGGCAGGCGACGGGGACUGCGGCCACACGCAUGCUCGGGCUGCCCAAGCCAUCCAGGAGUGGGUGCGUGCCCGGCCCCCGCCGGCAGCCCCAGCCCAGCUCCUCUCCUCCCUGGCCGACCUGCUGCUGGAGAAGAUGGGUGGCUCCUCCGGUGUGCUCUACGGGCUGUUCCUAACGGCGGCCGCCCGGCCCCUGCUCAACCGCAGCGAUCUCCCGACGUGGGCUGACGCCAUGGACGCCGGCAUCGAAGCCAUGCAGCGGUACGGAGGAGCUGCGCCGGGGGACAGGACGAUGCUGGACUCGCUGUGCGCUGCGGCACAGGCUCUGCACGCCCUGCGCAGCCCCGGUGCCGACCUGCUGCCGGUGCUGACCGCCGCCGUGGAGAGCGCGGAGGCCGCGGCGGAGGCCACCAGGCACAUGGAAGCCGGGGCGGGCAGAGCCAGCUACAUCGGCUCAGCCCAGCUGCUGCAGCCCGACCCGGGGGCGGUGGCGGCGGCGGCCGUGCUGCGGGCCGUGCUGGAAGGGCUGCGGAGCUGAGGGGCAGGCGGCCGUCGGCCACCCCCGUGCGAUUCUAGCGGUGACGGCGUACC